CUUCUGGUAUAACUUCCUAUUCUGUGACGAAAAGGUCCAUUCCGGAAGUGAGCCGGCCACCGUGACGUAAUUGCCUCUUCAAAAAGUCAACAAAGUCAAAUUUUCAACAACAAGAAAGCUGAAAUAUUGAAGCAUAUUUCACUCAGUUUUACACGCGAAUUGCCGUCGCUUUUCACGGCAGAGAAAAUGGGAAAACCAGACGAAUUUAAAAUAACAUUCACGAGCAACAAACGCGUUUAUUACGCUGGAGAUAUGGUCACAGGAAAUGUAGUUACGAAGUCGCGAAAGAAAUUAAAAUUUCGCUCGAUUCGUAUGGAGUUUCUGGGCGAAGCUAAAGUAGCCAGGGCGAAUAGCAAAGAUUGGGUCACCGUACAGAGUUAUUUUGACGAAAAAGUUGAAAUCUAUGGCAAAGGUUUGCACAGUAUUCUAAGGGGGGAAAUUUACGACAUGUCAUGUUGGGUAUUUUUUUAAUUUUAUGGCACCCCUUGUCUGCAUAAUAUUUUAUGGGAUUAUACAUAAAUUUUGAUGCUUGCCACAAUUUGAUACAAUUUGAUUUGUUACAGUGAAUUUUCUUAUAUAAAUUCAUGUUUAAAAUAAGACGUUAUUACUGUCAUUUUACUAAUAAUGAGUUCUAGGGCAAAAUCUUCAAAAUUUGAAAUUGGGCAAUUUUCCUGUGUAAAUAUGAAAUAUUUGGAAGAUUAUCUUUGACACAAUUAGUACAUUGUUAAAGUACAUAUUCACAUAUUUGGAAUUUGAAGUUGCACAAGGAAUUAUGAAAGAUGUUAUGGGUUAUAAAUUCGGCAGCCUUAUUUCUAAGCAUUUUUGUUUUUUGAUAAAAAAUUAUGGCAGCUGAGAUGUGUAUUGUUAUAUGUUAAUACAAUGAAUAUAUAUUAGAAUUGCCUGACAAAUAUAUGUCUGUCAUAAAUUUUUCAUAAGUCACGUUUUUAAUGGAUGACAAUAAUUUAAUGAAUUCACAUGGUAUCAUUUUCUAAAUGAGGAAACCUAGAUGUUAGACUAAAAUGAUUUAUACUGGAUGCCCUAUCGAUUCUUAAAAUUAUUUUCCCUGGAGGUCCAGUAUUAAAGUCCUGUUAAUAAAUAAUAGUUAAUAAUUAAUAACUAAAUAAUAGUUGAUGUAUGGAAAUCAUACAACAAGUCCUACUACUUGACAGGAGCAAAUCAAGAUGGGUCUUAUCCAACAAUUCAAGCUGGCGACCAUGUCUUUCCGUUUCAUUUUGAAAUCCCACGACGACGUCUGCCGUCAUCAUUCGAAGGAAGGUUUGGAUGUAUUCGUUACUCGCUAAAGGCAACGAUGGACCGCCCAUGGAAAUCGAAUUAUAAUGCAAAAAAUGCAAUAACAAUCUUGGAAAUUGUUGAUAUAAAUGAACCGUGGGCUUUGGUAUGUUAACAUCAUGAAAUACUCUUCUAAACCUCAAUCAACCCAUUGGGCUGCAAACCACCCAAAUGUGCCCUACUUUAUUAUUUUACUCUGUCUGACGAUUUUACUCGUCAAGGGAAAAGUGCUGCCACUCAAUGGGUUAAUAGUGUAAUGUGGUCAUUGUAGGAGCCAAUCGUAAUGGAACGAGAGAUGCAGACGCAAUUUAUGUGUUUCAACCGUGGUUCUAUCGUGGCCCAGAUGAGAACAGAUCGCUGUGGUUACUGCCCUGGCGAAGCUGUAGCUCUCACUGGUGGAUUUUGUAACAAUACCUCGUCAAGAACGAAGCCUGUGACUGUCAGCUUAUAUCAGAAGACCAUAUAUACACAAGGUGUGUGCGAAUAAAUGUUCAAUAUUUCAAAACCAGAGAGCUCUGGCUCUACAUGCACGAGAAACAAAGUAACAAUAACCCUGACAAAAACGUUAAGUGUAGCUGGCCAAAAAAAUUAUCUGAUUUUUAUUUUCAGGAAGUAAAAAGAAUGAAAUAAACAAAUGUGUGAAAGUGAGCAAAGACAAGCGUCUCCAACCUCACCGACCAAUACAAUGGGAGAACCAAAUGUUCAGUAUUCCGGCAAUCCCACCCACGAUAAAUAAUUCGAAAUUUAUCAAAGUUUCAUAUUUACUUGAGGUUAGUACAUGCACUAGUUUCUAACCUACUGUAGAAGUAAUAUUACCAUGACAAAUUGGUCUACCUACACUGGACACCAGUGAGUAGCACCAAACAAACUUCUUUUUAAAAUUUUAGGUAAGUAUACAGUCAAGUCGUGGCUCCCUGGUCCUUAACCUACCAAUUACGAUCGGGACAGUUCCCUUUAGGCCACCAAUUCUUGCGAGUGCCCCACCUAUGAUGUCACCAGUCUACCCAUUACCUUCUGCGCCCCCAGCUGAUCUUGCACCACCCUAUGAAGUAAACCUACCAAGUUAUUCUGAAUCCAUGGCAACAGCACAACUUGGGCGUAAGUGUACAUAAUUGUUAGUCGGUCAUUCAGUCGGUUGGUCGGUCGUCAUUCAGUCAGUUGGUCGGUCGUCAUUCAGUCGGUUGGUCAGUCAGUUGCUUGGUCGUCAUUGAGUCGGUUGGUCAGUCAGUUGCUUGGUCGUCAUUCGGUCGGUUGAUCAGUUGGUUGGUCAUCAUUCAGUUGGUUGGUCGGUUGUCAUUUGGUCGGUCGUCAUUUGGUCGGUCGUCAUUCAGUCAUUGGUCAAUCAGUUGCUCGGUCGUCAUUCGGUUGGUUGGUCAGUCAGUUGCUUGGUCGUCAUUCGGUCGGUUGGUCAGUCAGUUGGUUGGUUAUCAUUCAGUUGGUUGGUUGUCAUUUGGUCGGUCGUCAUUCAGUCAUCGGUCAAUCGGUUGGUCAGUCGUCAUUCAGUCGGUUGGUCAGUCAGUUGCUUGGUCGUCAUUCGGUCGGUUGGUCAGUCAGUUUGCUGGUCAUCAUUCAAUUGGUUGGUCGGUUGUCAUUUGGUCGGUCGGUCAUCAUUUAGUCAUUGGUCAAUCAGUUGGUCGGUCGUUAUUCAGUCGGUUGGUCAGUCAGUUGGUGGUCAUCGUUCAGUCGGUUGAUCUGUCAGUUGGUUGGUCAGUAAGAGGUUUACAAUGUACAUUAUAGUGCAGUUUAUGUACUAGCCCAUGUUGUAACUAUUGGUCGGUCGUCAUUCAGUCAUUGGUCAAUCGGUUGGUCAGUCGUCAUUCAGUCGGUUGGUCAGUCAGUUGCUUGGUCGUCAUUCGGUCGGUUGGUCAGUCAGUUGGCUGGUCAUCAUUCAGUUGGUUGGUCGGUUGUCAUUUGGUCGGUCGGUCGUCAUUUAGUCAUUGGUCAAUCAGUUGGUCGGUCGUUAUUCAGUCGGUUGGUCAGUCAGUUGGUGGUCAUCGUUCAGUCGGUUGAUCUGUCAGUUGGUUGGUCAGUAAGAGGUUUACAAUGUACAUUAUAGUGCAGUUUAUGUACUAGCCCAUGUUGUAACUAUUGGUCGGUCGUCAUUCAGUCAUUGGUCAAUCGGUUGGUCAGUCGUCAUUCAGUCGGUUGGUCAGUCAGUUGCUUGGUCGUCAUUCGGUCGGUUGGUCAGUCAGUUGGCUGGUCAUCAUUCAGUUGGUUGGUCGGUUGUCAUUUGGUCGGUUGUCAUUUGGUCGGUCGUCAUUUGGUCGGUCGUCAUUCAGUCAUUGGUCAAUCAGUUGCUCGGUCGUCAUUCGGUUGGUUGGUCAGUCAGUUGCUUGGUCGUCAUUCGGUCGGUUGGUCAGUUAUCAUUCAGUUGGUUGGUUGUCAUUUGGUCGGUCAUCAUUCAGUCAUUGGUCAAUCGGUUGGUCAGUCGUCAUUCAGUCGGUUGGUCAGUCAGUUGCUUGGUCGUCAUUCGGUCGGUUGGUCAGUCAGUUGACUGGUCAUCAUUCAGUUGGUUGGUCAUCAUUCAGUUGGUUGGUCGGUUGUCAUUUGGUCGGUCGGUCGUCAUUUAGUCAUUGGUCAAUCAGUUGGUCGGUCGUCAUUCGGUCGGUUGGUCAGUCGGUUGGUCAGUCAGUUGGUGGUCAUCAUUCGGUCGGUUGGUCAGUCAGUUGGUGGUCGUCAUUCGGUCGGUUGGUCAGUCAGUUGCUUGGUCAUCAUUCAGUUGGUUGGUCGGUUGUCAUUUGGUCGGUCGUCAUUCAGUCAUUGGUCAAUCAGUUGCUCGGUCGUCAUUCGGUUGGUUGGUCAGUCAGUUGCUUAGUCGUCAUUCAGUCGGUUGGUCAGUCAGUUGCUUGGUCUUCAUUUGGUCGGUUGGUCAGUCAGUUGGCUGGUCAUCAUUCAGUUGGUUGAUCGGUCGUCAGGUCGGUUGGUCGUCAUUUAGUCAUUGGUCAAUCAGUUGGUCGGUCGUCAUUCAGUCGGUUGAUCUGUCAGUUGGUUGGUCAGUAAGAGAUUUACAAUGUACAUUAUAGUGCAGUUGUUUAUGUACUAGCCCAUGUUGUAACUAUUGUCCUAAAAGUCAAGUGAUAAUAGCCUAACAUGUUUAUAUUCUCGUCUAUUUUCUAGCUCCACCAGCCUAUGCCGAAUGCGUAUUUGGAUCCGCACGCAUUUGGGACGAGAAUGAUGCAGCCGGGGGUGCUGUAAUGGGUGAUACUUCAUUUACACCUAUGUAUGCAUUUGUAUCACACUACGAGUACAGACCUAGCACGGCAGGAACGUUUACUGAGGAAGAGACCAUCACCGCAGAGCGAGAACCAAGGUUAGAUGCCGUUGAUGAUGGUUUGUCUGACAGUAUGGACGAAGAGAGUGACUGAUUUGAAGAGAAGAUAUGAAGUGUGUACGCUUCUAUCCAAGAAAUGAAACCUUGUAUAUCGCUGACAAGCCAGUCACGAUGUAUUGUAUAAAGAAUGACAGUAUAUGUAUCAAGAAACACAGGGGAAAAAAUAACAAACUGCUGAAAGAUUUCCUUAUUUUCAGAACAUAUGUAUUCUUCUAGUGUAUCCCAUAAUCAGUGAAGAUGUUUUUGUUUCAUUUCACUUGUUAUGUUAUCUGAGUUUUUUCUUUUGAUGUUAUAUAACAAUUUAUUGAGCAAAUGCUUUGAAUGGAUGAUUCUAGCUGUCGACUAAUUUUUUAUCUAGACAAGAAAGACAAAAUAUAUACUAAAAUACUCAAAAUAUAUACAGGUAUAAUACUAAAAUAAAAUACUCAAAAUUUGCUUAAUUUCACAGGGCUAUAUUUUUCGUAUUUUUACAACAUUUUGCAAUCAAAUUUGCCAAUUUUACUAAUUGAAGGACGUUCUUUUAUGAUAGAUUUCGUCUUUCUUGUCUGGAUCAAAAUUUAGUCUGGAUGAAAAUUUAGUCUAUAUCAUCCAUUGUUGAUCUUUUGAAAAACACGGAACCGAGAUGAAAUUUCUGGAACCGUCAACUCUAAUUGAAACUUUAAAGUGUAGCUACAUUAUUUAUAGAAAUCGCCAUAGAAAUAUUUAAAGUAAUUUUGUGAUUAAAAUUAACAAAUUGAACUCAAAAAGGCCUAGAACGGCUCUUCUUAGAAGGGACACCGCGCUGUAAAAGAGACAUCUAUGUAUGGUUGUAGAAUAACGUUUGUAUGUAUAGUCUAUGUAGAGAUAGAAAUAUAGUCAGAAUUUAGAUUUAAUUGGUCCAAACUCAUGUUCCAAUUGUUUUCAUAUUUUAGAGGGAUGUUAUUAUAGCUAAGCGGCAGUAUUUAAAUUAAAUUGGUCCGAAUACAUAUUUCACUAAUUGUUUUCAUGUAGAGUGAUGAUAUUAAAACUGUAGAUAAACUCGUCCGUAAUACACAUUUAAUUUGUCAUCAGCAAGAUAUUAACCACAAUGAGAGCAAAUUGUGCGCAAAGUAAAUUCUAAGAUUUGAAGGAUUGGUAAGAAAUGUUUGAGGAAACUGACUUAUAGUUGUUGAAUACUGAAUCACUUUCCUCACUCAAAAUUUUUGUACAAAUGAUUCCAAACGUAGAAUUUACCCAUGCAAAAUUCCGCAGCCCUCGAAAACGAGGUCGGCGAUGCCGACCUAUCAAACCCUCGGGUCGGCAAAUUUUGGCCGACCUUAAUUCAGCCAAAGUAUGAAUCUCUUUUUCAUUUUUUGGUGCUGAUGGCUGUUAAACAGUCAGCGAUUACAGAAUUCGAUUCGUAGUUCGAUUAAUUAAACACACUUCGGUGUAAGGUUUAAAAAUUGACGGGUAUUUUAUAUAUAAUUUAGGUACGACUCCAAAGGAAAAGCCGUGUUACUUUUCAAUGAUUCGUAUAUACAUUCGGUUUUCGAGGGCUGAAUGGACCUUUCCCCUUAUAACUAAAAUUUUGAUCUAGACAAAAAUUUCAUCGCAGCUUGAAAGAGCAUCACAAAAUUAGUAAUAUUCCAAAGUUUCGUUGCGAAAUGU